AUGACCAGAAUCAUUUUGCCGAGGGGACUCAGAUCCCAGAAAGCCUCGUGGUCGGUCCUGUACAAACACGGCGUCUGUGGAAAUGUCGCCCCGUUCUCGACGUCUGCUCGACGGCGGAGCUAUGCCGACACAAUCAAUAACCUCAAGAUCGGGAAGCAUACUCGCGUGCUCUAUCAGGGCUUUACCGGACGACAAGCCACGAUGAAUGCCCAGGAAUCUCUCGACUUCGGUACCAAUAUUGUUGGUGGAGUCAAACCCGGAGUGGAGGGUGAGCAUCUGGGUUUACCAGUUCUUCCCAGUGUCAGAGCUGCUGUUGAGAAGCUGAAGCCUGAUGCCAGCGCCAUCUACGUCCCGGGGAAUGGCACCGUCAAGGCCAUGGAGGAAGCCAUUGAGAACGAAAUCCCCCUCAUCGUGGCGGUUGCCGAGCACAUACCUGUACACGACAUCCUGAGGAUACACCAAAUGCUACGAACACAGUCGAAGACGAGGUUGGUGGGCGCAAAUUGUCCUGGAAUCAUCAACGUCCACGGCCGAUGUCGCCUGGGAUUCCAACCUCUACCAUUCUUUAUGGAAGGCAACGUUGGCAUUAUCGCCAAAUCGGGCACAUUGAGCUAUGAAGCUGUCGCGUCCACGACACGAGCGGGACUGGGUCAGACAUAUGCAAUCAGCAUGGGCGGUGAUGUUCUUGCAGGGACCACUUUCACAGAAGCCUUUCAAGUCCUGGUCGAGGAUGAGAAGACUGAGGGCAUCAUCAUGAUUGGGGAAGUUGGGGGAAGCGCCGAGUUAAGAGCAGCAGAGUGGAUCAAAGACUAUCAGCGGCGGACUGCAAACCCCAAACCCUUCAUGUCGGUCAUUGGUGGCGUCGAAGCUCCGCCUGGGCGGAUUAUGGGCCAUGCAGGAGCAUGGGCUGCUCCCGGAGAAGCCACUGCGGCACAAAAGAUCAAAAUUCUGGAAGACGUCGGAGUGAAGGUUGUUGACCAUCCAGAGAAAUUGGGUGAGGGCAUGAAGAAGUUGCUCGCUGAGCGAUCCAAAUCGGGCUCCAACGGCAGGACAGGGUCAUCAGCCGCAUCGCAGCGGAGAGGUUACCACACAAUGCGGACGCGCCCUCGACUGGUUGACACGCGAUUCACCCCUCAGCAGCGGCGUAACUUGUACAUCAAACCUUCGCAAGCCUUUGACAUGUUGAAGCAGAGGGGAAUACCCACGGUUGACAACCCCACAGAACUACAGGAGAAGUUCGUUGCCAUCUCUAUUGAUCGGGAAGCACGGCAGCCUUGCAUCAUAGCCUCACCCACCACAGAUCCAUCACAGGCAUUCGCCAAGUCGAAAAAGUUUCCCUUCGCUUACGGGACAGAUGAAGCGACCUCAGAUGCAAUGCUUCAGACGGUAUCGUCACAUUUGGGUGUUUCCGGAAAGGGCAAGCAUUCCCUGGGUAGACUUAUUGCGGAGCUGGUCGAUAUCUUCAUGUCCAAAGAAGCUUUUGUGUUACAGACCAAAAUCGUGAUCGACAACGAAGGAGGCCUCCAGGUCCAAGGCGCCAAGUUUGGGUUUGACGACGCGGCUUUCAGAAGCUCAGGACGACAGGCAGAUGUCCAUGCUCUCCGGGAUAUCAAUAGCGAGGUGCGUGAAGAAGUCGAGGCUGAGAAAGAGGGCAUGAUCUAUGUCAAAUUAGCAGGAGAGGGCACGCUGGCAACUAUUGUCAAUGGCGCAGGGCUGGCCAUGAACACAGUCGAUGCAUUGGUGGCUCGAGGUGGACACCCGGCAAAUUUCAUGGACACCGGCGGCAAAGCCACUUCCGAUACCAUCAAGGCAGGCUUCAGAAUCGUGACUUCGGACCCUCGAGUCAAGUGUAUAUUUGUGAAUAUCUUUGGUGGCUUGACCCUGGGCGACAUGAUUGCUCGAGGGAUCCUGCUGGCCUUCAAGGACUUGGAUCUGCAGGUCCCCGUGGUCGUUCGUAUCCGAGGAACCAGGGAGGCCGAGGGACAGAAACUCAUCCGGGAAAGUGGUCUCAAGCUCGAUGCUUUUGAUUCUUUUGAAGAAGCAGCUGCCCGCGCAAUUGCACUGGCAAACGGAACGGCGAAGAUGGAAUAG